AACGUCCUCCUUCACGAACUGCUGCUGUGAAAACAAAAGCGUGCCCUCUUCCCCCAUCGCCACCCCUCCCUCCCCCCUUCUUCCAACUCCAAACCCCAACCCCAUCCCUCACCAAUGACAGCCCUUUCCCAUCUUUCCCUCUCCUCCAAUUCCCAAUUUACCCCUCAAAACCCACUCAAAUUCCACUACUCCCACUCAUCACCCCCUUCUCAUCCCACCAAAUUCCUCCUCCUCCCCAUCCUCUGCUCGAAGUCCGCCAACUCCCCCUUCCCUUCCCUCCGGUGGGUGUCCGAGUGGGCCGAUGCCGUCAAGGAGCGUGGCAUGCGCAAGCGCCGCCCUCUCUACACCCCCGACGACUGGCGCGACCACCGCAGCUCCAGCCGCCACCUCCGCCACCUCCUCUCCAGCCUCUCCUCCCGCGUCAUCCUCUCCCAUCCCCCCGUCUUCUCCCUCACCGCCGUCGCUGCCGCCCUCGCCCUCUACAACUCCGCCGUCUCCCUCGCCUGGCUUCCCGACUUCUUCCCCCUUUUCCGGGCGUCGUCGCUGCCUUACCAGCUGACAGCCCCGGCCCUGGCGCUGCUGCUCGUCUUCAGGACGGAGGCGUCCUACUCGAGGUUCGUCGAGGGCCGGAAGGCGUGGAUGAAGGUGGUCGCGGGGGCCAAUGAGCUUGCCGGGAUGGUGAUCUCGGGGAGAGGACAUAAUGGCGGUGCCGAUGCCGGAGUCAGGCGGGCAUUGUUGAACUAUAUCAUGGCAUUCCCUGUGGCUCUCAAGUGUCAUGUUAUUAAUGGUUCAGACAUCAGAUCAGAUCUGCAGAAUUUGCUUGAAGAGGAUGAUCUAUCUAUAGUUGUGAGAUCGAGGCAUCGUCCUCGCUGCAUCAUUGAAUUUAUUUCACAGAGCCUUCAAAUUUUACAUUUAGAAGAACCAAAGCAAAACAUCUCGGAGUCGAAGAUCUCUUGCUUCCAUGAAGGGAUUGGUGUCUGCGAACAGCUAAUGGGUACUCCAAUCCCUCUAUCAUAUACUCGCUUAACCUCGAGAUUUCUAGUCUUAUGGCAUCUUACACUUCCUGUGAUACUUUGGGAUGACUGCAAUUGGAUUGUUGUUCCUGCUACCUUUAUCAGUGCAGCCUCUCUAUUCUGCAUCGAAGAAGUUGGUGUACUCAUUGAAGAGCCAUUCCCAAUGCUUGCACUUGAUGAGCUGUGUAAACAGCUUCACGACAGCAUCAGAGAGGCAGUGGCUAUAGAGAACCAGGUUCGCGUGAGACUUCUUGCCAAAAUGGAUGGCCACUUUGAUGGACAUCCUGUUAAUGGAUGGCCUAGUUCCAAAACCAAACAGGGAUAAAGGGAUGAUAGCUGAACUAAUACUGGAUUUUCUGAAAUUAUUUAUGGCAAUAACUCCAGGAAAUUGAUUAAGGAAGCGCACCCACCAAGGAUACUCGAAGUCUGCAUAUCUGGGUCCCAUGUAACAACCAGUUAUUUGGGUUUCAAGCAAUUCAGAGGGUUGGUAUCCAAUGAUGAGCAACUGGGUCAUUAAUUUAAAGCAUUAUCUAAUUAUAUACGAUGAGGAGGAGCUUGAGAAGAGGGAGCUACAAAAAUCUACCUAGAAGAAGAGAGGAUACGGAGAUCAACGAACCAAGAGGUACUUCGUAAUGUGUACAGACUACAGAAGUGUCCGCCUGUUUGCACUAAAGCUACCAGAGGAAGCAGGCAGUGCUGAAUAGUUACUCUAAAUCUCUAAUGGUGCGACGAUGGGCUUAUUGUGUGGUGAACUUAAAACAUUGUCAUGGGUCUUGAUUUCUUGAUUUCGUAGUACCAUGAAAUUUGUGACUCAUGGUGCAGUGCUGCCUUUGGGGAAUGUAAGCGUAGGAGAACUAGUUCACAGAAGACAGUAAUCUUUGAUAGAUAGGAAUGUUGGGACGAAAGAAAACGGUAUUUAACCAUGUGAAACGGAUAUCAUUAGUAUAUGACUACAUGUAUGAGAUGGUAACACGAGGUAUAGGGUUGUAGCUGACAUUGUAAUUGUACGCUUGUGGUAUCAUAAGUAUGGCCUUGCAGUAGAAGCUUUAUUUGCACUGCUUGAGUGCAAUACGGGGCAAAUUUUUAUCUCGCGCAUGGCCUCAUGCAUAUUUGCUUCGUAAUUACCCAUUAAAUAUCUGGAUGUUGACAAAACAUUGCACGGCAAAGGCAAUCAUUCACUGCAUUUAUCUGCAGUUGAAGUUUCCACUGUCAGCAUUAAAAGUAGAUGUGUGGACCAGGGGGCUCACAGGGUGUAAAGCAGGGCAGCAUGCCCAACUAAAUCUAUGCUGCAACUCUUUAUUUUUGUUUGUACUUCUGUUCUUGUAUUAUCAACUCUAUUACCUGAUUUCAUCUACUUAAUGGAAUCUUCCCUUUUUUUU